AUGCAGUCAGAGGGUGCCUUGGCGCACAUGAUUCUGUUCAGCAAAGUGCAGCUGGCGCGAGGAAGCGAGCUUGUGAUAUUCUCGCCAAGCGCUGUUUCCAAUUACACGGAUGUGAGCGUCAGGUUGGCCUCCUCAGUGCACGCCAAAAAAACCAGACGGAGGCUUUUGCAGGAACGCGUCACCACUCUGCCGAUCGGGACGCAGCUGCCUGUGCCCUUGUUUCAGCAGAACGGCUCUUCCAUCUUUGGGUGCACACCCAGCGUGGAGUGUGGCCCCCAGUACAAAAGCUUGGCAGCUGGUGUCGUGACCAUCUACGCUGUGGAUCCUAUGUCUAAGACAGUCGGCCUCUGUACAGACAAGGGUCAGCUGCAGGGAUUUGAGUACUGGCUGGUCAUCUUUAACUACAAUGCUCCCUGCAACUACACACAAGCGCCGCCCAUCCGCGAUUUGAUCCAGGGAGUGAGUUUGAGCUUCUACGACAGCGCUGCUGACGUCCUGCUGAUGGCAAUCCCAAACCUGAUCCCCAACAACUUCCACACCUUUGUGCUGGGAUUCAACGCCUCUGACAUGGAUAUCCCUGAAGAGGCCAUCGCAAUACAUCACCCUGGUGGAGCCCCUGCAGCCAUCUCCACUGUGCAGGGCAGUGGCAUAUCCUUAAACUUCCCAAAGCCAAACUUCCCACCCAGUGAGGUCCAGCCUUCCGAUGAGACACAUUUCCAGGUGACAUGGACCACUGGUGCGACCAUUGGAGGGUCAUCUGGGUCUCCGCUGAUUGACGUGGCCACCAACAGGAUUGUGGGUGUGCUGACUGGAGGCUACUCAAACUGCCAAGACAGGACCCAGCCAGAUUACUAUGGACGCCUCUCUGUGGCAUGGAAGCAUGGGCUGUACCAGUACCUGUCAAGUGUGGUGGUGCUGGACAAGGGAACCUCCUUUGCCAGGAAGUCCACUGUGGCAGUCAUGCAAGCCAAUGACACCCUUCCCGGCCGACCUGUACAACACUCCAGGCUGGCUUUAGGGAUGUAUCCAAACGUGCUGCACUUCCUUCCCAACAUUACCUCACAGACCCUCACCUACUACCUCCUAGAUCCGCCCCUGCAGAACGAGACAGUGGUAACAACCGCGGAGAUUGUGAGCUUGCGAGGGAACAGCAUCGAUGUGACACCCUAUGUCACCUUGCAGAAUGCCCACCAGAACUUCACCCUGGCAGAUUUCGGGACCCAGUUUGUCACCCAGGUCAACACAACUGGGCUGACUGAUAUUGUCCCCGGGGGUCUGCUUCGGUUCUUACUUCUUGUCAACAUCUCCAGUGAUCUCUUUCCGGACGACUUUAAGCUGAUGGCAGUGAAGGGUGCUGCUGUGAGUGCAGAUACAAUCUCCAUCCGGGAGGGCAGUUUUCAGGGUUGA